AUGGAUGCCUUCAAGAAAGGAUGGUUCAGUGAGUUCAACGAUUUAUGGCCUGGUAUCAGUGUUUCUUUUGAAGUUACUAAAAUUUUGCAUCAUGAAAAAUCACAGUUUCAAGAUAUUCUGCUAGUUGAUACCGAUGAAUUUUCAUACCAAGAAAUGAUUUCUUUUUUACCACUGUGCUCUCAUCCGAAUCCCAAAAAUGUUCUGAUAGUCGGUGGAGGUGACGGUGGAGUAGCCAGAGAAGUAGUCAAACACCCAGGAGUCGAGCAUGUAACUCAGGUAGAAAUUGACGGACGUGUUUUGGAAUUAUCACGUCAAUACUUACCUUCUUUAGCCUGUGGGCUGUCGCAUCCCAAAGUAACUCUCUACGUUGGUGACGGGUUUGAAUUUAUGAAGAAACAUUCUCAGCAAUUCGAUGUUAUCAUUACUGAUAGCAGUGAUCCUAUUGGACCAGCUGAAAGCCUAUUCCAAGAGUCUUAUUUCGCGCUUAUGAAGACAGCGUUAAAACCCGGAGGCCUUGUUUGCAGUCAAGCUGGAACAAUUUGGUCCAACGACAUGCAAGUUGAAAAAACAUUGGGACACUGCAAGUCAGUUUUUCCAGCUGCAUCCUAUGCAUGGACUUCAGUUCCGACUUAUCCCACCGGACAAAUUGGAUUCGUGAUGGGAAGUUUGGAUCCCAACACAAAAUUCGGAGAACCAGUUAAAGUAUUCUCAGAAAAAGAACUGGAUGAAAUGAAGCUUAAAUAUUACGAUGACAAAAUCCACAGGUCAUCGUUUGUGCUUCCAAGAUUUGCUGCCAAAGUAAUUAAAAAUUUAAUAAAUUAA